UGUUCGUUCUUCGUUCACCGUUGACAUUGUCAAUAACAAGUGUAGAGUGAGAUGGAAAUGUAAACAGGAAAAACUUUAAACGUAAACAAACAAAAGUGUACAUAAUUAUUCCAGUGUAGAUUGUGAAUCUGUGUAAAAUCUGAAGACGUUAAAUUUGUUUUAAAAUGAGAUAUUGUUGAUAUUAUAUAAACCGUGAUUCUUUAUAUUUAUUGAUUUGUGAUAACCUAGAAAGAUAUGUUUAAUAAUAGUUCAAACUAUACACGAAUAAAAAAGGAAUUUAAUGAACAUGAAAAAUACAAAAGAAAGUAUCAAAAUAUUAAACGUGAAAUCAGGAAUUAUGUGUUUGAAAAUGCUGCUAUGUGUGAUCAAGUUGCAUCAAUGCAAGAAAAAAUCUUGAUAGUAAAGGAAGAAAGAAAUUAUCUGUUGAAAAAAUUGCAGAUGCAUCUGAAUGCUUCAGAAGGUGAUCAUAAUACAGUGAAUCGUAGCAGUCCAAGUGUAGAUCCUAUAGCGGGCCUUGUUCUGAAAAAACCUCUCAGUAAGAAACGUUCUUCUGAAUCAACAGACAGUUUAAAGAGUUUAAGUAAAGGAACUAAAAAGUCGCCAGCGAUCAAGAGAAAGAAAGUGUUCCAGACAAUUCCAUUGGAUAUAACUGGCAGACCGAAGUUUCCCAUCAAGCUUGGAGACUUAACUGUACAUAGUCUCGGAGAGGUGCUGCCAGACAGACCAGAGUACCAUACGGAUGAUCUGAUCUUCCCUGUCGGCUACUGCUCCACUCGCACAUAUGGAAGUCUCAAGGAGCCUGAGAAACAGUGUGUCUACACCUGCACUGUCAUGGAUGGUGGGCAGAGGCCCAGAUUUGAGAUUGUCGCAGAUUCAGACUUAGAGGUGAUAGGCAGCUAUUCUCUAGAUGACUGUCACACCCAACUGCUGCAGAAGAUCAACCGUUGCCUUGGUGUAGAGAUUGUGAGUACCAAGGGCAAGGGAGCAGACUUCUUUGGCCUGUCUCAUCCUACUGUACACCACCUUAUACAGAGUUGUCCGGGAGUGCGCAAGUGUCAUGGAUACAUUUGGACCAAAUUUGACUUAAGCCGAGCUAAUGAAGGUUUAACAGUACCAGAGCUAGAUGCAUCCUUAAGCUAUGAGGCUCUGUUACGAAGCAUCACAUUCUCCAAGAGUCACAUUGUCAAGCAGGAGCCAGAGGACACAGUUUCCACUUUUCAAAGUUUGUUGCUCAAUUAGCUAUUAGAAGGCAUAAUAGUACCAGAGCUGAGUCUCUAGAUAGUAACAUUCAAGAUCAAUUAGCCACAUUGCUAAACAGAGAACAGAGGACACAGUUUCUACCGUCACAACAGUUGAAAAUAUACUAAUGAAAUUGUUAACCUAUGACUGACAUUCUUUCUUUUCACCUGCGUGUGAACUAUUUAGUACGUAAGAUAAAAUUUCUUAGUUUACAUCCCUCUUAAAAUAAGAUUUGCACAUAUGGUGUUGGCAUAGACCUUAUGGAAUUAAAAUAUACAUUUUCAUUUCCAAAAGUAACUCUAAAUUUCAUACUUGCCCAAAUGCUACUAUCAACAACCCUUUAUUUUUGUUGUUCGCUUUAUUAAAACAGUAUUUAUCAAUUAAAUAGAUUCUAAUGCUUUAUGCCCAGUAAAUAAUAUGUAUUUAACUCCUUAGUUCAAAAAAGGAGUUUCCCUUCACUAGAAAAAUUCCACAGUGGAUUCUUUAUUUAUAUUUUUAAUUGUUGUACCUCAUCAAGUUGUGUCUUUUUUUUCUUGCUGUAAAUUUACAUGCUUUGCUGAUUGUUGUGUAUUUUGUGACAAGAUUGUACUUCAUCAAAAUCUUUGAUCUGUGAUACUUGAUGUUCUGUGAAAUUGCGUUUUUGGUUGUAAAAUAUAAAUGAUUAUGCCAUGUGAA